AAGUCGUCUUAAAGUGACACUUCAGUGAUACUAGGAAGUCUCAUUUAGACGUUUUCUCUUUCCUUGGUUCCUUGAAGGAUGAAGCUAAGAACGGGGAAAGGGAAGGAGGGAAUGAGGGAAGGAAACGAGAAGGCGCAGUUAAAGAAAUAAAAAGCAUCCCUGAUUAUUCUCAUUUCUUUGUAGUGCUGUUACAGUCACGUCCUGUACGCUUUGUGCGCGUCGUGCGUAAGCGCGCUCUCACUCCUCAGUCCACGCCUGGAAACCGGUAAUGCUGUGCCAUGGCGAUUUUGGGAGGCGCCCAACAUCACAUCAUCUUUUCCAGGUGAUCACGCUGAUGUCUGAUCCCCGACUGUGACGACACCUGCUGCUGUACUUGUAGGCUGGAGCAUGAGCGAGUCCGCAGUCACCUUCGCCAAGGACUUCCUGGCUGUUUGCCUCGCCGCCGCGGUAUCAGAAACCGCCGUGGCUCCGCUCGAGAGAGUCAAGCUGCUCCUUCAGGUACAACAUGCCAGCAAGCACAUUGUGGCAGAGAAGCGCUACAAGGGCUUCCUCGACUGCAUUAUUCGCAUCCCCAAAGAGCAGGGUGUCCUCUCGUAUUGGAGAGGCAACCUGGCCAACGUGAUCCGAUACAUUCCCACACAGGCCCUCAACUUCACCUUCAAGGAUAGGUACAAGAAGUUAUUCCUGAACGGUGUGGACCAGAGCACGCAGUUCUGGCGCUACUUUGCUGGUAACCUGGCAUCAGGGGGUGCCGCAGGGGCCACAUCUCUCUGUUUUGUCUACCCACUAGACUUUGCUCGCACUCGUCUGGCAGCAGAUAUCGGCAAGGCGAGAGCGGAGAGGGAAUUCACCGGACUGGGUGACUGUUUUGGGAAAAUACUCAAAGCUGAUGGACCAAGAGGUCUUUACAGUGGUUUCAGUGUGUCUGUGCAGGGCAUCAUCAUCUACAGGGCCGCCUACUUUGGCAUCUACGACACCAUCAAGAGUACAUUGCCAGAUCCAGAGAAUAUCCACUUUGUGAUGAGCUGGAUGAUCGCACAGAGCGUGACUACGCUUGCUGGACUCAUCUCCUACCCAUUUGAUACGGUGCGUCGUCGCAUGAUGAUGCAGUCAGGACUGAAAGGAGACGUCAUCUACGCUAGCACAGUGGACUGCUGGAAGACGAUUGCUCGUAAUGAAGGGGUCCAGGCUUUCUACAAGGGAACUUGGUCAAAUAUUCUCAGAAGCGUGGGAGGCGCCCUGGUGCUAGUGUUUUACGAUGAGAUAAAGAAAAUCAUCUGAAUGCUCACCUUUGUUACUUAGACAAACUUACUGAAUGUUGGACAACAACAGGAGGGAGAAAGUGCUAUCAAGUAAAAGUCAAAGUGAGUCCUUCAGUGCUACCUCAUACACAGAAAGGGGCUUCAGUGUGGUGUGUGUGUGUGUGUGUGUGUGUUAUUAGGGAAAACAGUAUCACAAUUGCAUAUUUGUCAGUCAUCAGGGGAUUUGACUCAAUUUAUUAAGAUGAAUGCUCAAUGCUUGAUAAGAUGUUUAUUGCCAUCAUAAAUGUCUGUACUCUAAGCAAUUCAGCAUCACCACAUCUUAACUUUAUAACAGUUCAGUGUGAAUGCUCUAAAGCUAUAGGUCAGUGAAAAAUCAAAUGGACAGUUUUCCACUUGUUGGUUGAUCAGACAUGUUUUGUGUCCGUUUGGUGUUGCUUUUUUGCACUGGAGCUACAAGGCUAUUGUAGUUUGCGAGGUAAGGAAAGUUUCUUCCACGCAAACUGCAUGAUUUCAGGCGAUUUUGGUUCCAUCAUUCCAGUUAAUGUAGUGAUUUUAAUAUCAGCGGUAUACAAUCUUCAUAUAUGGCUUCAAAUGACAUUGCUAAGCUACUUGUAGGUGGCCUCUUGUUGUGAAAUGUGGUACCAAAAUAUGAUGAGGAGAAGUCGUACCAGUUAUCCAAGAUGGCUGCUCCAUGAGGUUACAGCAUUUAGCUAUACAGGGAAAUUUGUACAUGUUUAUACACAACAAUUCUCACUCAGUCGUAAAACACACCAGUGAGUCUGUGUGACUAAAGAAUUUGUGUAAGAUAUUUAUGGAGGGAAUAUUGAACUAGUCAAUCUUCCAUUAUUUGUUAGCUAAACUGGCCUCAUAGCUCCAGUGCAAAGCAAAGGACACAAACCCUGCUGAACAGUUCGCUAAUCAAUUCCAAAUUGUACUAUAUUUUACCCAUUUUCCAAUAAUUUCCCUGCACAAGUUUUAUUUAAAUAUAGUUGUAAUCAGCUGGCAUUGCUGUAGGUAAUUACUGUGUAUUAUCACUUUUUUCUAUUUAUUACUGUAUUCAGUGGUUCUAGCUAGGCUAGCCUUCCUAUGCCCCAUACACAAAGAUGUAGGUUUGUAUCUCUGGCCACUUUUGCUAACUAGCUAAUGUCCACAAACUAAUAUCAAAUAUUCAUGUUAGAUGACUCGCUAACAUUUUAUAAAAUUUAUUAGCUGUUCUGUGACAUGCAAAGUCACUUUAUGUAGCUAUACCUUUGUAAUUGUAAUUUAUUUUAACUAGCUAGCAUAACAUAACUAAUAUGGUAACACUAAAUUCCACUCACAAUCUAAACUAGUGUCUAAACUAGUGUCUGUGGAACAGCCUAACUUUAGUGGGAGACUUUACUACACGUAAAAAAAAAUUAAAAAGUUCAGCUUUUUCUUUCAUUUCUCUGCACCUGAUAGUAAGUGCCACUCCUUCCUUUUUGCCAGUUUGUGUGCAUCUCCUGUUCAGUUUGUGAGUUAAUGAUAAGAAAUUAAAUGAUUGAUGAACUUAAUAAA